GGAGCUCGCGACCGUGAUGGGAAUUUUUGGUGCCUGGAAACUUUGACGACGUAGAUUAUUGAUUGAAUUGUUGGUUAAUUAAUCUACCACAUUAACAUUUGAAUCAUGGCAGAUGCAGCAAAGAUACAAGAGCUUCUCGCCAAGCCUCGCAAUGAGCUCACCGAGUUCGAGGUUGCGCAAAUAGAAGAGCAUGAAUUCACAUCCGGUCCCCUCUCUCUUCUCCAAGCUGCCGUCCGUUCCCAUGGACAGGUGCUGAUUUCCUGCCGUAACAACCGAAAAUUACUUGCGCGCGUCAAGGCUUUCGAUCGUCAUUGCAAUAUGGUGUUGGAGAAUGUUAAAGAGAUGUGGACUGAGACUCCAAGACUGAGCGGUGGUGGAAAGGGAAGACCAGUAAAUAAGGACAGAUUCAUCAGUAAGAUGUUCUUAAGAGGAGAUUCCGUCAUUCUAGUCCUUCUAAGCUGAACGGUCGACAUUCGCAUCUCAAGAUAUAUGGAUGGAUAGAAGAGGGGACCAGCUAAGGAUUAAUAUCUGAAUACUAGCAACAACGGACAGGAUCUGUGGAGGAAACAAAUGUAAUAGCAUAGGGCGUUGUCAAUAUCAACGCAUACCAAAUCAGCUUAUAGCUAUGAAUUCAAAGGAUGCAUGAGAAAGUUCAUGCCAACAGGGAACCAAAUUUUAUGGAGAAUAGGAAUGUCAGAUAAGAAAGAAACUCUCUUUAAAUUUCAGAUGGAUGAUAUUGCUGGUGACUUGAUUUCGUGAUGUAAAUAUUACGAGUCAGUUAUUUUCUUUA